UGGAGCGUGGAAGUGAUUAUUUUUCAAAUAUUCGUUGUUGAGAUAUUAAAGAAAUUGUUUUACUGUCAUUAUUUCUCUGCAGCUUUGGGGUUUGAAAUUAGCGACGAUAAAACGCGAUUUAAACUCAAUCUAAUCACGCGAUGAGAGAAAAAAAAUAUUGGAUUUUAAAGUCAGAGACUAUCGUUGCAGUUGUCAGCGACGGAGGCAUCAACGCCUCCACCGCGAUUUAUUUGAUUCUCUAUAAUUCCUCGGACUUUCCCACUCGUAUUUUUACGUGACAGGAGGGCUGUACCGUAUUGGUUGUUAUAAAAUCGAGGGGGAAGACAACUCGACGACCGGCAAACUUGUGGAGUGUCGGACUAUUACUUUCUACUGGUUCGUCUGCUCAUGGUGGAAGUGUGUCAAAAAACGAGGGGAACUUAACAGAUGCCAGGGUCCAUACGAGUCUGCUCCCUCACUAGUUUUUAAUAUUCAAACAUUUUUGUAUUGAUAACAGCCGGACGAUGGAGGUGAAAGAGUGCGAUUAUGGUGCACUCAGUCUCGAUCAAGCCUGCACUGUUUUCGAAAAUAGAAGGAGUAAUUUUCAACUGUGGAUUUAUUCAGUGAUCAGUGACUGCAUUUCGUGUUCUUUCGGGAAAAUUUCUAGACUUGACAGUCACCGAAAUGCCAGUUUUGUAUUCAACAUUGCUAAGACACAUACUUGGAGAAUUUUCAAUGAGGAUCAUUCUGGAGAUUAUAAGUUGCCUAAUGACACCAGAAACCUAAUUUGUGAGUUAAAACCACCACUGGGACAGUAUGGGCUGUACAAAGUCACGGUGGAGGAUUCCGGCUGUGAGAUUGAUACAAUCAGACAGCCGACAAACCCGUAUACACCUAUUGUUGUUAUCUUCGCUCUGCUUCUGUCCAUCCUCCUCCUCCUGUCCUCUGGGAGAAUUCUCGCGAGGUACUUCAGGAGAAGAAAACCAGAAAUUUCGAGUGCUGUUGAAUCCGCUGAGGAACGUCCGAUUACCAAACGUCGGGUUCAAUCCAUCGAUACGUUCAGAGGAAUGAGCAUCUUGAUGAUGAUCUUCGUGAAUAAUGGAGCUGGCGAUUAUGCAGUCUUGGAGCACAAACCGUGGGAUGGUCUCUACGUCGGAGACCUGGUAUUUCCCAGCUUUAUCUGGAUCAUGGGCGUCUGCAUUCCCAUCGCCCUGACAUCGCAAUUGUCUCGUGGAGUUGCCCGAUGGCGAAUUUGUAUCAACAUCAUGAAACGCGGGGUCCUAUUGUUCUUUAUUGGACUGUGUUUGAACACUAUUGGAACACAGGCCCAGCUGGAAAAAAUUCGAGUCUUUGGAGUGCUCCAGAGAUUCGGUGUGGCUUAUCUAGUUGUUGGGAUUAUUUAUGUUCUCUUGAGUCGAAGGCAGUCGCCGAAGUGUCGGCAUGGAAUAUUGGCGAAAACAGAGGAUUGUUUAUCUCUGCUACCACAGUGGGUUGUUAUUUCGAGUAUUGUCGCUGCUCAUUGUAUUAUCACGUUCCGGAUGAAGGUCCCAGGAUGUCCCACGGGAUAUCUCGGUCCAGGCGGUAAUCACAAAUAUGGAGAAUUUUUUAACUGCACUGGAGGCGCAGCUGGGUAUAUCGAUAAACUAAUACUGGGAACCGAUCAUAUAUAUCAGAAUCCAACGAUCAAUAGCAUUUACGGGUCCGGACCGUUCGAUCCCGAGGGCAUUCUCGGCUGUCUCACGACUAUAUUCCAAACAUUUUUGGGGGUCCAGGCUGGGAAAAUUCUAAGGGUCCACAAGAACUGGAGGAGCCGGGUCAUUCGGUGGAUGGUUUUGGCUGCCAUUUACGGGGGAGUCGCCGCAGUUCUUCAUUUCAGGAAUAUUAUUCCCGUCAACAAGAACUUGUGGUCAGUUUCCUUCGUGUUAUUGACAACUAGCUUCGCUCUAGCUCUUUUGACUGCUUGUUAUUUAUUGGUUGACGUCAGUCGGGUGUGGAACGGUGGGCCAUUUCGGAUACCAGGCAUGAACGCCCUCAUCAUGUAUAUCGGUCACCAAAUGUGUUACCAAAUAUUCCCCUUCCACUGGAGGUACGGUACUAUGAAUACCCAUUACUGGAGAACAAUUGCAGGCCUCUGGGAGGUCAGUUUAUGGGCUAUUGUGUCCUACAUUAUGCACCACAAACGAAUAUACGUCAGUCUCUAGUGCAACUCAAAAGUUGCCUCAAAAAGUAAUCCUUCAUUAAAGUCGCAAUCAAGAUCAAUUAAAUUAUCUCCAAAGUUGUUACAAUUAAAUUAAUGACAAAAUUUACAAAGAAUUCUCACCAUACGCUUCAUAAAUAAUUUAUUCGGUGGCUUACAGGUAGUCUUAAAUCAAGAUAACAACAAUUAUUUAUAUUAUUAAAUAAGUUUAAUCGUGUCAAUGUGAUUAAAGUUAAUUUCAUUGAGUUA